CCUGAACCAGCCUUGCCGAACUCGACGGUGGUUGCUCUGAGACUUGAGGUUCAAAUUUGUGCGAUUCUUUGGGAUACAUACGUGGUUAUUUAAAUUUUGUAUCCAAAACAAACGUCAUAGCAAGUAACUUGGUUUUCUGUAUAAAUAAUAUCUACCUUUCUUCUACCAGGUAUCUUAUGCAAAAUGUCGUCGCAAGAACAUGGAAGUCCCUUCUACUUUCCUAGCUCCGCGGCGACAAGGUACCGGAAAGAAAUCAGGGCCGAGUCAAACCAACUUACAUUCUCUAAUCCCCGUGGCAGUUUCAGACGACCACAACUGGCUGAUAAGAAACGCGUAGUAUAAGAGAUGCGGUCCGACUCUUUGUCCACCCACCCCAGGAUAAUUGAAGACGACCCCACAAUGGAGUCUUCCCCUCUCCUUGCUAUUAUCAUCAUCGCCAUCAUCAGCCUUAUAUCGGCCACCUGGUUUACUUUCUACCGAACCCGUCGCAAUGAGCCCUUUCCUCCCGGACCCAAAGGACUCCCCUUAGCCGGGAACCUUCUUGACAUACCCUCGGAAAAAGAAUGGCUCACUUUCGCUAAAUGGGGCGAAAUAUACGGUGACAUUUUGUCGAUUUCCAUCCUUGGACGCCGCAUGGUUGUAAUAAACUCAGCUCAGACGGCUAUUGACAUUCUCGAAAAGAAAAGCAUUAUUUAUUCAGAGAGACCAGUCAUGGGAAUGGCUGGCGAACUCGUGGGCUUCAAAAACGCGCUCGUUCUCCUCUCUCCUGGCACCCGUUUCCGUAAUCAACGUCGACUCACCCAUCAGCAAUUUGGGAGUAGUGCAGCUAUAAAGCAAUUCUCACUGAUUGUUGAGUCCGAGACGCGUCGCCUUUUGAAGAGACUCUCUGACAAGCCUGAACAUUUGGCCGAACAUAUUAGAACGACUACUGGGGCCAUCGUGCUGCGGAUUAUUUAUGGGUACGAGGUUCAGCAAGAAAAUGAUCUGUUCGUAGAGAUGGUAGACAAAGUGACGCAAUACUUUGCUCUUUCCAUGACUCCUGGUAGCUUUCUUGCCAAUCCUAUCCCCAUGUUACGGCAUAUUCCGGAUUGGUUCCCUGGUGCAGGGUUCAAGCAGAUAGCCAAAGAAUGGCGCUCGACAACAUUUCUUAUGAUAGACACGAUAUACGAUUUUGUGAAGCAGCAAAUGGCCACCGGAAAGGCCUGUGUUUCCUUUACUUCGAAGCUGCUCGAAAGCGGGCUAAACAUGGAGAAAGAAUUUGACAUUAAAUGGCUUGCAGCUACUCUGCAUGGUGCUGGUGCUGAUACCACCGUUGCUGCAAUUUAUGCGUUCUUCAAAGCGAUGCUUCUGUUUCCUGAUGUUCAAACGAAAGCGCAGGCAGAAAUCGAUGCUGUCGUCGGGAAUGACAGGCUACCUCAGUUUGACGACCGAGAGCAUCUGGCGUAUAUUAAUGCUCUUGUCCUUGAAGUCUCGCGAUGGCAUACUGUUGCGCCAUUAGCUGUUCCUCAUUCUGUCAGAAAGGAUGAUGUACAUUCUGGAUAUCUCAUUAAAAAGGGAACCCUGGUCCUGCCGAAUAUAUGGAAAAUGCUUCACGAUCCUGUAGUAUACAAAGAACCAUUCGAUUUCAAUCCUGAAAGGUUUAUUCGAACGAAGGACAGGGAACCGGAAGCUGAUCCCUAUAAAGUUGCGUUUGGAUUUGGCCGUCGUAUCUGUCCUGGUAGACUGCUGGCCGAUAGUUCAAUAUUCAUCGUAUGUGCAAUGGUGCUCGCGGUUUUCGAUAUUUCGAAGUACUCUGAAAAUGGUGUUAUUCUCGAACCGGACACCGGGCAUACAGCUGGGAAUAUAAGUCACCCGACACCAUUUAAGUGUAUGAUCAAGGCGAGAAGCGAGAGGGCGUUGGACCUGAUCAACAGGGAGAGCUCUGUAUGAGAAGUUUUUAGGAGAAAACUCGUAGUACGGUUGCUUGUCCUUAGUUUAGAUCUAGCCUAGGUAAUUUUGCGUUCGAUUUCAUAUAUCCGCCAUCUUCGUGCAAGAAUGGACUACGAUUGACGAUACGAACUUAGGUCAACAGUGGAGGAUGCGCCGACAACGCAACGAUGACACCAGCGAUAAUCCAGAUUUUCUCCAUGUUUGGUGUUCCAUCGUGUCGGCUACAGCAUACUAUCUGAGCAUACAUA